GAACCGUGGAUGCCGAACAACGUGUGUUUAUCUUGCGAAAUUGCAUUAUCAAGUAUGUGUUUUAAACAUUUAAUAAUAAAAUAAAGAUCAAAUUUCGACAAGCGCACCACUUUUACAGAAUCUGUUCAAAAUAGAAGCCUCGGUCCAAAAUUUUACAGGCCUAGAAUUUGGUCACAGCCCAAGGAACAUCCAGGUGAUUGUUUUUUUUGUUUGGCUUACCGAAGAAAAUUAUUUGCCAAACUUACCAUCGUCAGAAGCUGUGAAAUAUAGAGAAACAAACGAAGAUUCUACUGCUGGACCAAGUGGAGCACAAGGAGGAAAUAAUGCUGAUUGUGGACAGAUUGCUGUUGAAAGGCCUGGUGAUGCUACUGCUGGACCUAGUGGAGCACAAGGGGGAAAUAAUGCUAAUCGUGGACAGAUUGCUGUUGAAAGGCCUGGUGAACUUGAUGGAACAGAUACAACAGAAAGAAAUGAUGGCUCUAGCUCAAGUAUAUCAGUAUUAGGUGAGAACGUAGACCAUCAAAAAAAUGCCCACGGUGCAAAUGCUGUUGGGAAAAGAGCAGUUGAGGUUGCGGGUAAUGAUAACGGUGACCAUCAGCACAGCCACUCUCCGGAUAAUUUUUGCUACGUCUGCGGGGAAUACAUUUCUGUAUCUGCAAGGAAAUAUCCAAUGAUAAAAGCCACAAAAGUUUAUCUUGCCUACGAAGCAUGCUUAAAAACCGAAAUAACUAAUCUGAAUGAAUCUUGGGUACCACAUUACGUAUGUGCUGUUUGUUACACCGAAUUGAUUGCGUGUCACAAAAAUUCACAACAAUUCAAGUAUAUUUCGCCAAGGAUAUGGCGUAAACCAGUCGACGUAAGUGAAUGCUAUUUUUGCCUUUCACAAAUUCGACCUGGUAUUUCAAAAAAUGAGUACCCUGUUGCCAGUUCGUCGGAACCACCAAUCGAGUUCAAUUCCAUGCAAAAAAAAGCCGAUUGUCCUGCUGAUAACCUUGAAGUACCCAGUUUUGCAUCUUUAAUUACCGCUAGUUCCAUCAGUGUGCCGCACUCCGAAUACCAACCGGAAGAAGAACCCGAUGAUACGCCCCAUUUCCCGAACCAAAAGGAAAUUGACGAUCUUAUAAAAGAUUUGGGUCUCGGCAAAUCGAAAGCAGAGCUUUUAACAUCACGACUAAAAGAAUGGAAAAUAGUUGACAAAUCAGUAAAGAUAACGGCCCAACGGAAACGAGACGAGGCUUAUUCGCGCUUUUAUGCGUAUGAUGAAGCUGUUUGCUACUGCAAAGACAUACCUGGUUUGUUUACAGCCAUCGGUAUCUCAUUGAACGUUGGUGAAUGGCGGCUAUUUAUUGACGGUUCGUCAACAUCGAUAAAAGUUGUUCUCCUUCAUAACAGAACGGGAAAAGAAAGGCUUCCGUCGCUUCCAAUAGCUUAUUCGAAGCUUUUAAAAGAAAGCUUCGAAUGUACGAAGUUAAUUUUGGAGCUGAUUAAGUAUGAAAACUACAAAUGGGAAGUUAUAGGCGACUUCAAAAUGGUGUCCUUUUUGAUGGGGUUGCAGGGUGGUUACACCAAGUUUCCCUGCCAUCUAUGCCUUUUCGAUAGCAGGAAUGAUGAUCUGCACUACAAAAUUCGUGACUGGCCAGCUCGGAAAGAGUUUACUAUUGGAAUAAACAACGUGAAGUGGGCUCCGUUGGUUCAACAGGAAAACAUACUUAUGCCGCCCUUACACAUCAAACUAGGGCUUAUGAAGCAGUUUGUGAAGGCGCUACCUGCCAACUCAGAACCGUUCAAGUUUUUGAAAAACAUGUUUCCACGAUUGACGGAGGGAAAAAUUACAGCGGGUGUUUUUACAGGACCCCAAAUCAGGGCUGUUUUUUCGAAAGAUGAAUUUAAAAAAAUGCUAAACAUGGACCAGAAAAACGCGUGGACAAGUUUUCAGGCUGUCGUGGAUGGGUUUCUAGGAGGGAAAAGGGACCCUAAUUAUAAACAAUUGGUCGAAACCAUGUUGAGAAACUUCAACAAGAUGGGGUGUAGAAUGUCGCACAAGUUGCACAUUCUACACUCCCACCUAGAAGUUUUUAAAGAAAACUCAGGUAGAUAUUCUGAAGAACAGGGGGAAUACUUCCACCAAGAAAUAAAAAAAAUUGAAGAACGAUAUAAAGGCCAGAAUAACCCAAUAAGUAUGAUAGGAGAUUACGUUUGGAGUUUGACAAGAACAACUAAUGAAUGUUACAAGCGGCAAUCUGGACCUAGUUCCGUUUUUGUAAGCCCUUGAUUUUUAUGUGUCGAUUUAAAUGUUCGUAUUGUUUUCAAAAUGUAUUCUUUUUCAUUUGAUGUA